GAAGGGAUCUUGGAUCAGUUUUACUAUUGCAUUCGCGUUGAGCUAACACUCGUUGAAAAAUGUACGCAAUCAUAUUAUUGCUUUGCUUUAUUGUAUAUGGAAUUGCGUUACCCAUAGAGAAUUCAGAUUUGGUAUCUUUUCAAUAUGAUCAAUAUCAUGUGGAUGAAAACGGGAUGGGAUCCUAUAAAUUUAGCUUCGAGUCGAAUGAUGGAAUUGCACGUCAUGAGGAAGGCCAGGUGCAAAAUCCGGAUUCCGAAGAUGCCGAAUUAGUAGUUAAAGGUGCAUAUGCAUUCCGAACACCUGACGGUGUUGUCCAUAGUUACUUAUACACGGCUGAUAAGAACGGAUUCCAUAUAAGUGAGAUUCCUGUCAUAGGUUCAAAAAUAAACACUCCACUUUUAAACUCCUUGGGUGGAGGAGGCAUCUAAGUGAUAAAACAAAAGUACUGCUGUUCCUAGGAUUGGAGGGAACAUUCAAUUAAUGUUACAAUCAUAAUUUAUUAUA